GAAUACUUGGCCAGCAAAGGAUUCAUUCAUCGUGACCUGGCAGCCCGUAAUAUCCUACUUGGUGAGGACAAGGCGGUGAAGAUUGCUGAUUUUGGUUUGUUACGCCACGCAAAUGAGAGUGAAAUAUACGAAGUUACGAGCGUACACAAGCUACCAAUGAAAUGGAUGGCACCUGAGGCGUUGGGAAGCGGCAUUUUUACUUUCAAGACUGACGUGUAAGUAUAUGUUAACGAGGUCACAGUAAGGCCAAGCUUAGGCUUCCUGUGAUGCAGUGUGAAGUUGAGGUUUUAUUCAACAUAGACCUUGCAAUGUACUGUUUAGAACAGUCUGAAAAAAAAAAAAAAAAGAGCACAAUUUUGAUCAUGACACUGUCUACAGUAGCGGUUAUCACUCUAUCUAAAGAAAUACUCAAGUGUUUGGAAAACAUUAGCCUGUUCCAGGAGUGAAACUUGAAAAUAAGAUAUAUAAACAGAAACUUUGAGCCGAUGAAGUUAAUCUGAGACGAUCUUGGAUCCUAGAUUCCACGCUCCACAUCCCGCACUCCAGAUACUAGAUUCCGGAUUCCAACUCAGUGUGUUCCAGAUUUCAAAAGGCCCAGAUUCCAGAAUUUCAUAGUUAGCAGGAUUCCGGAUUCCAAAGUCCAUGACCCCAAACAAAAAUUUCCUGGAUUACCAUCCAUGGGACGAGAUAAACAAAAUUGAUAUUUCUAUGAAGUUAAUUCUUGCUAUUUCUUUAUCUGCUUCCUUUUACUGCAGAUGGUCUUUUGGAGUUGUUUUGUGGGAACUAGCCACCAUGGGUAAGCUAGUUUUAUAA